GCUAGUGCAGAGCACGCGCCGGCAACAGGCGGCCGGUCGCGGAGCGAUGCGGGCAUGACGCGACCCCCCGUGUCCGUGCAGUAUUUUCAGCAAGGAGACUCGGUCACCAUGACCUACGUCAUACACUGCCCAAAAUUUUUCACAUCCGUCGGCGACAGAAUGGGCAACGUCAUCGAAGGCUCCACACACAGCAAACUGUCUCCAUUUCAAAAAGAAAAACUUCUUCAUGAGUUCUUCACAUUUUUCGACCGCGACAAGAACGGCCGUCUAACAGUUCGCCGACUUCUGCCUGCUGCGCGAGCACAUCUGUCAGCUGAGUGGCUGGCAGGAGGGCAGCGCCAAGAGGAGACACACCGAGGACCUGUUCCUGCACAUGUGGCACGACCUGCAGCGGCUAGCCGACUCCGAUCACGACGACGUCAUCACAGCACAGGAAUGGCUUUUGAUGUGGGAAAAUAUCUACAAAGGUUUGCGUGAUUACUUCAAGCGAAAGAAGCCAUCACCAGCGCCUGCGACCCUACCUCUGAAGAGCCCAAGCUCAAAGUCUAAUACUGAAACUGACCCAGAGGUGGCGUCAUCGUGCAGUGAGCCGAGUGCCGACAAACAGCAAUCCAAGGACAUUGCCGAGAAGAAUCCAUGGCCGGAGUGGGUCCAUGCAUACCUGGAGUACAGGUUUAAUCUCUACGACAGAACUGGUGAUGGUGUCAUCGAUGAAGAAGAGUUUGUGUACGUGCUCACCGACUUCGGCGUGAGAGAACGAUUUUCACGCCAGGCCUGGAAAAUAUUUACGCUGGGGAGCUCGGAGACCGUCACGUUCGAGUACUUCCGGCAGCUGGCCGAGGAGUACUACAUGAGUAAUGAUCCGGCCGCCGUCGGCAACUUCCUCACGGGAAAGCUGGACUUUGUGUCUGGCGAAUACGCCAACAUGCACAUGUUACGCAGUGCUGUGAAAUGCAAGUGAGAAGGGCUGAUCAGUAGCAUCCAAGCUAUUGGCCCUGAGCACAUACUUACACUAAGCCGAAACAAAUGGAAGAAAUAGAAGAAUAUCUAAUCGGACAACCUCCGAUAAGAACCACUAGGAGACGGGCAUGCGCAUUAACUACGUGAAUCCACUGGAAAGCCGACGUGCCGACGAUCACUCCCAGAGUAUGCGAACGGAAGAAUACCAGAGAAACGCGGAAGAGA